UAUUUCGAUAUAAACCCUCCCGCCUGGCUUAAAACUUGGCCAACCCCCGAAAAUCAGGGCCAUUUUAAUUUCGCCGCCACGGCUCUCUCUGGCACAUUGUUAUUUUUUUUUUAUUCCUGCUGCCCCGUCACGGAGGCGACACCAACGUACGAAUCGAAUCAAAACAAAUACGGCAGUACAUACGGAACGACUGGUAGUGCCGCGAGUGCCGGACAAAAAAAAAAAGGAAAAACGGUUAAAAGUGAAAUACAAUAGAAAAGAAAACGUAAUGCCAUUUAAUAAAAUGCACAAGUAGAAUGCCCCAAUAGAAGCCCAAAAAAUCAAGACACUAUUAAGUGAAAGAGAAACGAGAAUCGGGAAGAAACAACCCACCUCUCAAAACGCACCUAAAAGACUGCAAUCUGCCUUAAUCAAAGGAUAAAUAUCAAAAACAAAAAAAAGGACGAGCAAAACAGACCAGUGACGAAAGAAAUUCAACAAAAAUGAGUUCGUUCAUCGAACUUUUGGGACUUUUCCUGCUCCUGAUGCUGCCAUUUCUCUACGAAACGAAUCAUAUAUUUCGUUACUACUUCAAAUUCCUCAUCUACUAUGGGAUAGUGUCCUUUAACUCGAUUGUCCUGAUACCGGCCUUUCUAACACGUCCCUGCGAUGUUCGCAAUUUGUUAUGGGCCAGCACUUGGUGCCAUCGGAUUUCUACGCUGAUUGGCCUGCGAUGGGAGCUGCGCGGCAAGGAGCAUCUGGCCAAGGAUCAGGCCUGCAUCAUUGUGGCCAACCAUCAGAGCUCGCUGGAUGUGCUGGGCAUGUUCGACAUCUGGCAUGUGAUGAAUAAGUGCACCGUGGUGGCCAAGCGGGAGCUGUUCUAUGCGUGGCCCUUUGGUUUGGCCGCCUGGCUGGCUGGUCUCAUCUUCAUCGAUCGAGUGCGGGGCGAGAAGGCGCGCGAAACCCUCAACGAGGUUAACCGCAAAAUCAAGCGGCAACGGAUCAAGCUCUGGGUCUUUCCGGAGGGUACGCGACGCAACACCGGCGAACUGCAUCCGUUCAAGAAGGGCGCCUUUCACAUGGCCAUCGAUCAGCAGAUACCCAUCCUGCCGGUGGUGUUCAGCUCCUAUGGGACAUUCCUCAACGACAAGAAGAAGAUCCUGAAUGCGGGCAGGAUUGUGAUAACCACAUUGCCCCCGGUUAGCACCGAGGGUCUGACCAAGGACGAUAUCGAUGUCCUGAUGGAGCGUGUACGUGUCCAGAUGCUGGACACCUUCAAGUCGACGUCAGCAGAGGCGUUGCAAAAAUACAAGCCCCUGAAAAGUCGGGGCUCGGGGACCAUAAGUCGCGAGGAGGCAGCUGGAGCGGGUCCUCUGCCGGAUGCUGCGCAAGUGGCAGCCGCCGCCGCGGUGGCGAACAGUCCGAGCGGUUACAGUCCAGCGGCCGCGAAGCCGCCCACCAUGCUUAAGACGCUCUAGGUGGUACACACAAACCCACAACACCCCACACACUACUCAUCCACAUACCCACAAAAAACCAACACGGGCGUAGCUGGAAUACCGCAUUUUAAUUUAAGAUUUUAAAUUUUUAACAUUUUUGGGUUUAUUUUGUACCCUUUUACCAAUGGGUAUUAUAUAUUUUUUAUUUUAAUUUAUGUUGAAGUUUCAUGGAAGAUAAUUAUUCAAAGAACUUGAAACUUUUAAAAAUUAAUAGAAAUCUAUACAAUUUCGAAUUUAUAUAUUUUUUUUGCACAAGCCAA